AUGAUGUCCAUGAACAGCAAGCAGGCCUUCAGCAUGCACCCCAUCCUGCACGAACCCAAGUACCCUCACCUCCACACCAGCUCCGAAGCCAUCCGCAGAGCCUGCCUGCCCGCCCCCCAGAUCCAGGGCAACAUCUUUGCUGGCUUUGAUGAGACCUUGCUGCGAGGCGCCGAGGCUCUGGCCGCUGUGGACAUCGUAUCACAGAAAACCCACCCCUUCAAGCCAGAUGCCACCUACCACACCAUGAGCAGCGUCUCCUGCACUCCUACCUCGUCCUCUGUCCACCUGCAUCACCCGUCUGUGCUGACCACCCACCAUCCCCACCACCCCCACCACCACCAGCCCUCCCAAGGGCUGGACGGUGAGCUCCUGGACCACCUCAACUCUGCCCUUCCCCUCGGAGGGGUGCCAGGCCCGGAUGUGGGCUCCACACCUUCUCACCCUCACUCCCACAUGUCAGCCAUCAACCACAUGGCCCACCAUUCCCAGCCUAUGAACAUGUCCCACCCUCACGGUCUCACUUCCCACGCUGUCAUCUCCGGCCCAGAGACGGAGACGGACCCCCGGGAGCUGGAGUCCUUCGCUGAACGCUUCAAGCAGAGGAGGAUCAAGCUGGGGGUGACCCAAGCGGACGUGGGUUCCGCCUUGGCCAACUUGAAGAUCCCAGGAGUAGGCUGCCUUAGCCAAAGCACAAUCUGCAGGUUCGAAUCCCUCACCUUGUCCCACAACAACAUGGUGGCCCUCAAACCUAUCUUAGAAGCCUGGCUGGAGGAAGCUGAAAGGGCCCAGAGGGAGAAAAUGACCAAACCUGAGAUCUACACGGGGGGGGACAAGAAACGCAAGCGCACCUCCAUCGCUGCCCCCGAGAAGCGCUCACUGGAGGCUUAUUUCGCCGUCCAGCCGCGACCCUCCUCCGAGAAGAUCGCCGCCAUCGCCGAGAAGUUAGACUUGAAGAAGAACGUGGUGAGGGUUUGGUUUUGCAACCAGAGACAGAAGCAGAAAAGGAUGAAAUUUUCUGCCACCUACUGA